CGCGCUCGGGGGGGGCGGGGCCUCGGGCUGCGGCGCGCGUGCGCGCGUGCGCCCGGGCCGGGCAGCGGGUGAUGCUGCUCCGGAGGUUGGUUGCGGGAGGCCGGACGGUGGCCGCCGCUGCCCGCGGUCCGGGGCCGCGUGGAUUCUCCAACUGGGACCGGUGCCAAAGGCUUCCUGGAAGCGGCAGCAUUCUUAGCAGGCCGCGUGUCUCUGUCCAUGCCUGUGAAGGCCACAGAGAUUUCCGGAAGGACCCUGCAGAGGAGGGCUCUCAGGCAGGUGCUGAGGGCAGCAGGCCACCCAAGUCGUCCAUGCCUGGCAGGGCCGCCCCUGAGCCCCUGUACCCCCCACCACCUGACCUCCAGCCCCCCACAAACUGCUGCAUGAGCGGCUGCCCCAGCUGCGUGUGGGUGGAGUAUGCGGAUGCGCUGCUGCGGCACUACCAGGAUGGCGGGGAGCGAGCCCUGGCUGCCCUCGAGGAGCACGUGGCCGACGAGAACCUCAAGGCCUUCCUCAGGGUGGAGAUCCGGCUCCGAGUGAGGGGCGGAGGCUAAGCCUGCGGGCCCAGCACCCACACCGGCUCCGGCCUCCUCCUCCUCCUCCUCCUCCUCAGGAAGCAUCAAGGAGCUUGCGUGGCCCUUCGUGUCAGGCUGGACUAGGAAGAAUCAUCGAUUGACUUGAUCUGAGAAUAAAUAAGCCUUAUGUGAGGUUGUCAAAG